CACUUCUUGAUAUUCGCCCACCCACACGUCGAGAUUUGAUAAGAAAAACUAUAAGUCUAGAGUUUGUGUUUAUUCUAAGCACGUUUUGUUACCAUCCACCGAGUUCGGCUAUGUAGCGGUCGCCGGAGUAUGUGCGUAAACGCCGUUUCUCUGUGCCAAUUGUUUAGUGAAGUUGUGUGAUUGUGGACGGGCGUGAGCGUGCAGGACAGUUGCAUACAUGUUUUGUAAUUAAACUGUACGCCCACUCCGUAGUCGGUUGUGGUGGUUGCUCAGUGAAGGUGAUGGUAGUGAGCAGAAGGUAGAAUAAGUGUGGAUUGUUGUUAAAAUGUCGCUUCAGAAGAGUGUGAAAAGUGCGGGAGGAGACAGGAGCGAGCAGGGUGAUACGACAUCGAUAUGUUCUUCGGUAACGACGCAGCCGGACAGGCACGGCUUCUUCGGAGGUGCUCAGUACAGUCCAGAACCCAAAAGGACUGUAUCGCCGAGCACGAUACUAAAGCGGGAACAGAAAUGGCUGCGAAUGCUCAACAACUGGGAAGCCUUCAUGAGCAAGAACUACAAGAAAGUUAGGGAGAGGUGUCGAAAAGGCAUACCAGCGUCAGUUCGUCCUAAAGCCUGGCUAUACCUGUGCGGAGGUCAGCUGCUUCUGGAGAAGCAUCCGAACGAAUACGAGGAGCUGCUACAGGCACCAGGCGACCCCAAGUGCAUGGAGGACAUCAGGAAAGACCUGCACAGACAGUUCCCUUACCACGAGAUGUUUAUACGAGAAGAAGGGCUUGGGCAACAGGAGCUGUUCUCAGUGCUCAAAGCGUACUCGGUGCUGAACCCGAAAGUGGGGUACUUCCAGGCGCAGGCGCCGGUAGCGGCCUUCCUUCUCAUGCACAUGCCGGCCGUGCAAGCCUUCUGGUGCCUCGUCAGCAUCAGCGACAAGUACCUCAGUGGCUACUAUAACCCGGGACUUGAGGUGCUACAACGCGACGGUGACAUCCUCCACGCUCUACUCCGCCGCACGGCCCCGGCAGUGCACCGACACCUCGUGAAGCACAAGGUGGAGCCGGUGCUGUACGCCACCGAGUGGUUCCUGUGCGCGCUCACCCGCACGCUGCCCUGGGACAGCCUGCUGCGGGUGUGGGACUGCUUCCUCUGCGAGGGAGUCAAGGUGCUAUUCAAAGCGGCGCUCGUAAUCUUGGCCGGAGCCCUAGGGCCGGCGAAGGUGCGCAAGCGGGCCUGCGGGCUGUGCGAGACGCUAGAGGUGCUCCGCCACCCGCCCGAGCCGGUGCUGGGGGAGGACUACCUGAUGUACCACAUGCAGCGUCUCAACUUGACUGAGGAAGACUUCGAGUUUGAGCACCAGCGUCAGACCGCUAGGCGACGGGCCAUGCCUAAUAGAAGUGGCAGCUGAUUCAGCGACUGUUCCUACAAGCGUUAUUCGAAGAAUAACGCCAGGGAUCUAUUCAAUACAUUGUAAGUGAGACAUAUAGACUCGUGACUGUAGGUACGCCAGUACCAGUGUUUGUGAUAGUGAGCGUUAACCACGCACGACCAAUGACGACUGAGUGGACUAGCGUACGAUAGGAUAAGCUUACCAUCAUCUUCUAUAACCGUUCCCAAUAUUACAUCUAUCUGUUGGUUUCCUGACCGGAGAUAGGACUUAGACUUCACUUGUAAAAUUAUAUCUAGUUAGAAAAACAACAGAUUCAAUAUUGGGAAGGGCCGUAAGUCGAGUUUUCAAAUGUACAGGCCUCGUUGACCGGUGUGAGUCUUGCUUUCCGUUUGAAUUAGGAACGCCUUUAGCGCCUUUUUUGAAGACGUCAAUUUGACAGAUCGAUGUCAACGUCAUAAUAUGGCGCGAAAGUAUUUUUUUUUUUUGUUAAAUUAUUGUGACCGUAAAUAAUUCAAUGCUUGAUGAAUGAUAGUUUCGUCGAUUUGACGGUAAAUUAAAACAUCAAACAUCAACAAAUUUUCAAAAGCAAAGCUCAUAUCUUUCAACGAUUACUAAAGGUAUAAAAAUGAAAAGAAGUUUCAUCCAUAAUUAAAGAGAGUCCCAUAUUGUAUCAUAAUGAUACUUCUAAAAUAGUAGAUUUUUCGUCAGAUAUGAGGUAGUGACAUUAUGAAUAUAGGGUUUUUUGUAAAGAGAAAAAUAAAUAAUGUGCUAGUUAAUUAGUCAUAAACGAGGUUGCAUGUAAAUUAUAACAAUAUGUGAAUACUUAUAAGUACUGAAUUUUGAUUUUCAAUGAAGACACUUUUCUAAGUUGUACCUACUUUCUAAGUAUAUCUUGAACUCUGUGUUUCGGAGGGCACUUUAAACUGGUCUUACCAAGGGGUAUUGGGUUUCCCGGGAAACUGUGUUGAGAAGGUCAUAUAGGCAGUCGCUCCUCGUAAAAUACUGGUACUCAGCUGCAUCCGGUUACACUGGAAGCUGACCCUAACAUUGUUGGGAAAAGGCUAGGCAGAUGAUGAAUGUGGACUCUGUGAUGUUUUUUCUACUUACUAACACAUUUUUUUAAAACGUUUUUUAUUUGAAAGUAGAAAAUUCAGUACUAAUGUUCUAUAUUGUUAAUUUUACUAUAUUAAAUUAAUUGUCAAGUUGUACAUAAACAAUCAUUUGUGAAAUGUUUACGUAUAUAUUUAAAAAUUGAGUUUUUUUUAAUGUUUUUGAUUCUGCAUUCUUUUCUACUAUCAAAGCUACAAAGCGAUCUUAUUUUUUUAUAUGUAUGAGAGAGACGAAUAACAUCUCCGCUAUCUUUCCUCCCUCCGUGGAUGGGAUUUACUUAAAACAAAACAUAUUAAACCCUCCAUGUUCAGAUGUUCAACAAAUAACCAAAAAAAUAAAAUAUAUAUCGUGCAUAUCUAGUACUUUUUAUUAUAAGUACAUUUGUUAUUUAUAUAUGUAUGAAUGGAUACAGUUGGUUUGUUCUCGAAUCUAUACCUACAUCAGCCUUUUAAACUUUUCAGUAAUAUAACUUACAAAACUUUUUUUCUGAUAUGAAAUGCCGCUCGUUUUCCGCUGUCUACCAGUAAGGAUAUAAAAAUGAUAAACUUUUAGUAAUAUCCAUGAAUACAGUAUUUGAAAUCUGCCUCAUUUUAUACCGGAGGAAUGGUUUCUUUUCCGUAUAGAAUUUUCGUGAGUUGCUUAGCUGUAAAUAUCAUUUAAACUUAUUUAUUUUUUAUCAUUAAAAAAUAAUUUUAAAGUGUGAUGGCAGCUAGUGUGCUCAUUCAUGUAACUGGGGCUUGCUUUUUCAAAAUAAAGAAACAGAAGAAAAUCUUUUGUUCUGUUUGGCAAUUUGAAUAUGAAAUGUCAAAAGAUAAGAUGACAAUCUGUCAAACAUAAGUCAGAAACGUCAGUAUCGGAGAUCGAAUAAAAUAAUUAAAAAAAAUUGAAAUAUACGAUGUGGGAACUGCCCCAGUUACAAAUAUAAUAAUAAAUUAAUUAUUAUAAUAUUAGUAGACUGUAAUUAGAAUAAAAUUGGACUGUGUAUAAUAUAAAAAUUGUAAAAAUAAUUCAUAAUACAUUGUGAUAAGAUUCGUAAUGAUUUAAAUUACCUACAUAUCUAAUAAUAAAAAUGUGUAAAAAGUA